AGGUGCUUUGCAUUUCAAGUUUUGAUUUUUACACACACCCAAGUUCAUAGGGGCACCACCCACCUCUCUCUCUCUUAAAUGUUUCUCCCUCUAAAAACUCUCUCUUUCUCUUUCUCUCUCUAGUUUGCAUGUAUGGGCGUGAAGUUUAUUUUAGUUUAAAAAGCUUUCUCAUUUAGAGCUCUGUAUAAGUAGAGAGGUUUCUGAGAUUUCAAAGCAGACCCAUAACCAAAUACCCAUUUGGUUUGGUCUCAAUUUUCAGCUGAUUUCUUACUCUUUUGAUUAAAUUACUGUAAAAAAAAUUCAAUUUUGAGAAAUGGGUAUUGUAAAUCAAGAAGCGAUCAAGCAAUUUCAGUUGUUAUUGGAGAAAGCAGAUGAGCCAUUGAAGAACUCAUUCAAGAAUGUUCAUCAGGGAUAUCCUGCUGAAGCAUUGGAGCGAUUUCUUAAAGCGAGAGAUUGGAAUCUCGGAAAAGCUCAUAAAAUGUUGAUUGAUUGUUUGCAAUGGAGGAUGCAAAAUGAGAUCGAUAAUAUAUUGUCGAAACCUAUCAUUCCUGAUGAUUUGUAUAGAGCUGUUCGGGAUUCUCAGCUUGUGGGAUUGUCUGGUUACUCAAAAGAGGGUCUUCCUGUCAUUGCUGUUGGGGUUGGACUCAGUACCUUUGACAAAGCAUCUGUAAAUUACUAUGUGCAGUCACACAUUCAAAUGAAUGAAUAUAGAGAUCGUGUCGUUUUGCCUUCUGCAACUCGAAAAUAUGGACGAUAUGUCGGUACUUGUCUUAAGGUUUUGGAUAUGACCGGCCUGAAGCUUUCCGCACUUAACCAAAUAAAGCUAUUGACAGUCAUAUCAACAAUAGAUGACUUGAACUACCCGGAGAAGACCGAUACAUACUAUAUUGUCAAUGCCCCGUACAUAUUUUCAGCGUGUUGGAAGGUUGUUAAACCGCUUUUACAGGAAAGAACCAGGAAGAAAAUUCAGGUGCUUCAAGGUUGUGGAAGAGACGAGUUACUCAAAAUAAUGGAUUAUGGAUCCCUCCCACAUUUUUGUAGAAGGGAAGGAUCAGGAUCAUCUCGGCAUUCUGAUAAUGGAAUCGCCGAUAAUUGUUUUACCUUAGAUCAUCCGUUCCAUCAAGAUCUCUACACUUAUGUCAGACAACAAGCCGAGUCUUUGGAAACUGCUCAACUAACCAAAGAAGGGUCUUUCCACGUAAGGUUCCCCGAGCCAAACCCCGAUGAUGCUGAGAUUGCAAGAACAAUUGAAUCCGAAUUCCAAAAGUAUGGAAACAAAAACGGCCUCUCCAAGUCAAUGAGCAACCUUAGAGUUAACGGUUCAUGAACAAAUAAAAAAGAAACUCGAACAAUAACAGAUUACCGCGAUUAUUGAUGCUGUUGAAGCCCCGCUAUUAGAUUGGUAAAACACACACAACCAUCAUUUAUAGAUGGACCGAGUUCUUCGAUUAUUACUGUAAUACUUAUGUAUUUGCUUGCAUCAGCUCGAUGCAGGCGUUAUAGAACACAAUACUGAUUUCGGGUUUAGUUUGAACCCCCUCGCCAACUCGGUUGGAGAAAGCUAUGGGGGCAAUCUUUUGCUCUUUUACAUGCUAAUUGUUUCUGACUAAUCCAGCCAAUACAAUCUAUAUAGCCUUUUUUGGGCAAUUUUAGAAUCCAAAUGAGGACUCAUUUUAGGAUUUUACUUAUGUUUAAACACAAAAGUGAAACUAUCUAUGCAUAGCAAUAUGUUCUUCAUUGCUUAAUGUACUAUUAUGAACCAGAAUGAACCAUACCCCAAGUAUUUGUGA